AUGGGACGGAAGAAGCAGACUUUGCCGCCAGAAGAAGAGGCGGUGGUUUUGGCCAAUGUGGCGGAGCGGGCAGAGCGCUUCGAUGACAUGGUGGAAUACAUGAAGGAGCGUGUCAAGGCGGGCAAGACCCUAACGCGCGAGGAGCGCGAAAUGUUUUCGGCUGCCUUCAAGGGCCUCAUGAGCAGUCGACGCUUUGCCGUACGCGUUGCGAAGAGCGUCCAAGAGCAGGAGGAAGAGGCCGCAAAAGAGAAGAACGCAGCACUCGCGGCGGGAUAUCUGAGCAAGGUCCGAUUGGAGCUGCAGGGUAUCUGCAUCCAGGUGCUGGAGAUUCUGGAGGGUAUCUUGCUGCCAAAAGCGGAAACCGGUGAGCCAAAGGUGUUCUACCUGAAGAUGCAGGCAGAUUACUACCGCUACUUAGCCGAGUUUCUGGAUGGAGAAGGACAGAGAGAGGCGCUCGCCAGUGCCGCUGAAACCUAUGUGGCUGCCACCGUGGAGGCUGAGACGCAUCUCAUGGUCACCCAUCCCGUCCGGCUGGGCGUGGCCCUGAAUCAUGCCGUCUUCAAGCAGACUGUGCUGCAGGACACUGCAACAGCUGUGCAGAUGGUAAAGGAUGCGCUAGAACUGGCCGCUCGCAGCCUUGAGGGAAUGCCAAAGGAAGCAGUGCGCGAUGCACAGCCCCUCAUGGCCAUCAUGAAGGACAACCUCAGUAUGUGGUCUGAUGAGGAGGUGUCCUGA